UUGAUUUUAUAUCAAUAUUCAGAUCAAUAUUAUUAUUUCAACGUUUAUACGGGUCGCAGUCAGUGGGAACGACCGACGAGAGCUGCAGACCCGGCUCAGGCCGAAUUAACUGCGGUGCAAUGCGCUCAUCUGUUAGUGAAACACGCAGGUUCACGACGUCCAUCAUCGUGGCGAACCGAUGUAAUCACACGUACCAAAGAGCAGGCUCGUAAAAUUUUGAUGGGUUAUAAGAAACAAAUCGAGGAUGCGUCCGAUAAAAAGGCAAAAUUCAAAGAAUUGGCCAAAGAGUUCAGUGAUUGUUCAUCAGCGAAGCGUGGUGGUGACUUGGGAAUGUUCAAACGUAGACAGAUGCAAAAGCCGUUUGAAGAUGCUUCGUUUGCACUUAAGGUUGGUGAACUAAGCGAUAUCGUGGAAACAGAUUCGGGUCUACAUUUAAUCUAUCGAAUCGCUUAA